UUUAAUAUCAAAAAUAAUAACCUUUACAAUUAUUAUAUGGUAUUACCAAAUUGAAAAAGUGAUACAAUAUAACACUAAUAAUAAAGAUCUUGCACGAUUUCCUAAAAGUAAUAUAACUAUGAUAGACAAGAGAUGUUUAAAUAACAUCAAGGAUUGCUUGUCAAUAAUAUGCCAUAUUUUGAAAUAUUUGUUAUAUAUGCAUAACAAAUAUUCUAUCUUAAUAGAUGCACCAUUGGGAAACAUCUACCAAAUGUUGUAUAUAGUGUUUAUUCAAGAUUUUAUGACCAAGUGUCCCAAGCUACUCCACAAAUUUGAAAAUGACAUAUCCAAAAAUGAGGCAUUACAGAUUCGAUUAAUAAAUAGGGAGGUAUGCGAGAUUAUAUUGUUAAUGCGAUACCUGCACUCCUUAUAUAACUUUCCUUGUGGCCUCGGUAAACGCCCGGUCGAUAAUCAUGUUACAGUCUCGGCAAUAACAUAUCUCGUCAAUAAUUUUUCUCCUCCACCCUGGAAUACUUUUGAAACGAAGUUCUAUCAUGACCUUAUCAAUUAUUCUCUCCUCUACGACGCAAAAUCAGGAAACACGAUCAAAUUAAUGUCAUCGGCUUUCACUAAUAUAUCUGCCCUCUUGAAUUCCCACCAAACACUCGGAGGAACUUUAGAAUUUUAUUCGAAAUUUGUGCAAAAUCUUGAUUAUUAUCUCCACUUUUCUUGCAAACGUGCUGCUAUCGAAAUGGAGGAUCAAUGUUUCUUAUGGGUGCGAACAAUAUGCUCUCUCUUUUUAUUCGAGAAAAUGGACGCCGAACACAAACAAUCGGAAUUACAACUAUAUUUAUCUCUAGUUCAAUCGUGUUCCAGACUAUUGGCUUCUUUAUCAAAACCGUUCCGCGAUAAGCUUUUUCAAGAUUUACUACUAAUCGAUAAUGAUUUCACUGAUAACACAUUAAAUAGUUUCCAAAAUUUUGCACUAUUUCAUGUUAAUUCAAGUUUAAAUUUGAUCGAUUAUAGUCUAUUGCCUUUGCUCAACCAUUUACUGAUUUUCCUAUUUGAUCUUCCAUCCUUCAAAAAUUCAGAAAUCCAAGCUAGCAUUUUGAAAGUCAUUUUGAAGUUAUUUAAAAGUUUAAACUCCAUCGAAGCAACUACUCGUCUCUUUUUCGCCAUAAAAUCGGUACUUUAUGCUAGGCCACCCGAUAUUUUCGCCUGUAAUGCGGAAGAGUUGGUAGAAGAAUUACUUAUAACAUCGCCAAAAAAUGCUAUAUCUUUCAUUCAUAUCUUUGAUACAGAUCAUGUUUCUCAGUUUAUAAAUUUUUUAUUUGACUUAAAUAUCCUGUGAAUGUUAUUUUUUUUUCUUCAAAUUGUUUUUGUCUCAUGAUAUUUAUAUAAAAUUUUAGUUUUAUAUUUAAUAAUAUUAAAGAGCCAAAUCAACUUAUAAUUAUUUCUUAAGGUAUAAUAUAUAUUUAAUAAUGAUGAAAGCCUGUAAAUAAUGAAUAUGAAAAGCAAGUAUUAAUUGAUUCAACUUUUUUAUAAUUCGAAUAUAUUACAAACGGCUUUAGAAAAAAACGAAUUCGUUCACGUUUAACAUUCAUUUAUAAAAAAGUAGUUUAAAUUCGUAACGAGAGCUACCUUUAAAAUCAUGUCUGAAUUUUUUUUGUCCUCUAGUAUAGGCGAAUUAAUAAAAUAUUACCUCCCCAAUAUAUUUAUUUUAUAUUCUUAAAUUCAAUUUUUAUUCAAAU